AGCAAAUAAAUUAUUAAAAAAGUACUGUAAGGGAAAUGGGAACAAUAAGCCGUGUGUGGGUUGUUAGUUUUUUAGUGCUGCUAAAAAUUGGUACGUCUGUUUCUGGGGAGGACGAGGACGAACUCCCUGAGAUUAAUACGCAAGAAAUACGUAGUGAAAGUGAAGACGGUGAAAUUUUUAAGCCGACGAAAGAAUGGCAAACGGUAAAAAAAGGUCAGGCCAUACCUCCGGGACUGCACGUGAGAAUGAACCUGGAGAAAGGGACGAGGGAGGCGAAGCUACUGGACAAGGAGGAGGCGACGUCCAGGGACACAGCGGUGAUUGCCACGGAGGGCGGCGAGAAGACAGCCCCCCAGCUGCCCAGAGAGGUCCAGGAAGCAAUUCUGAACAUCAGUGACAGCGGCAACACUACCACAGACGAUGACGUGGCGAGCGCGAUGAGGCAGUUCCGCACGUACAAGGAGCUCAAGAAGGACCUCAAGGACCUGCGGCUCGAGCUGAAGACGGACAUGGAGCUGAUGGAGGGGCUGCUGUCCCGGUUCAAGGUGUCCCUGGACGACGGCGAGAGAGUCGCGAUCCUGAGCGACCUGGAGUACCUCGUCCACCAGUUCGACAACGCCCGGGAGUUCUCCAGAGUCGGCGGGCUGCUGGAGGUGGUGUUCCCGUCGCUGAACGCUAGCUCGGCGGGCGUGCGGGCCGAGGCGGCCCUGGUGCUGGGCUCGGCCGCCCAGGGCAACCCCCGGGUGCAGGUGGCGGCGCUGGAGGCGGGGGGCGUGGGCGCCCUCUUGCGGCUGGUGGGCCUGGACCCGGACCCCGCGGUGCGGUCCCGCGCCCUGUACGCCCUGUCGUGCGUGCUGCGCCGCUUCCCGGCCGCGCAGGCGCGCCUGGUGGCGGGCGGCGGCCUGGCCACGCUCGCCGCCCUCUUCGGCAGCGAGCGCCAGGACCACCUCCGCUUGCAGGUGAAGGUGGCGACGCUGCUGCGGGACCUGGUGGCUGAGCGGGAGGACGCGGAGAGGCAGGCGGCGGAGGGGCGGGACCCGGACCACGACGCCGCGGAGAGGGCGCGGCAGUACAGGGCCGCGGGGCUGGAGGAGAGGCUGGUGCAGACGGGCUGGUGCGAGCGCAUCCCGCGCCUCCUGCAGGUGCAGAGCGGCAGCAGGGGCCGCACGGAGCGCCGGGACGACCUGAGUGCGGCCGUGGCGGGCUGGGAGCACGACGUGGUGGAGAAGGUGGCGAGCGCGGUGCACGCCCUGUCGGGGCCGUGCCGGCGCCAGUUCCGCGACGACCCGGCGCUGCGCGGGGCGCUGGCCGAGCUGCGGGGCCGCUACGACCAGCUGGCUGCGCUGGAGCGGGCGGAGGGACGCCCCGGGGACCAGCCCUACUUCGCCGGGCUCGCCGCGCUCCUGGCCGACGUCCGGGCCGGGCUCCAGGCUCCCGACGCCAGGGACGAACUGUGAUGCUCAUACUUGUCGCCUUCUGUUACCGUGUGUUAAUAAAACAAUGGUGUUUA